CACUUUAGUCAAUCCUCUUUGAGGAGCUCUAUCCAGAGGUUUUAUCCACCGGGACUUGGUUGGAUUUGACGGGACUUCGAUAUUCGUUAAAUUUUUUAAGAUCGAAUUGGAAGUCAUCGAGCUCGAGUGUGUUAAUAUUGUCAGGAAUCACAGAUAAAUACUUCAGGAUGAGUUCGUCAAUGACAGCCAAGGAAAUUCGACAGUCUUACAUCGACUUCUUCAAGAGCAAGGGACAUGAGUACGUCCACUCGAGCUCAACCAUUCCUCACGAUGAUCCGACACUGCUGUUUGCUAACGCUGGCAUGAACCAGUUCAAGCCAAUAUUCCUGGGCACAGUGGACCCGAACAGCGAUAUGUCACGUUGGAUUCGUGUAGUGAACUCGCAGAAAUGCAUUCGAGCUGGAGGCAAGCACAACGACCUGGACGACGUGGGUAAAGACGUAUACCACCAUACGUUCUUCGAGAUGAUGGGAAAUUGGUCGUUCGGUGAUUACUUCAAGAAAGAGAUAUGCACGUGGGCGUGGGAGUUCCUGACGCAGGUUCUCAGUCUCCCAGGUGAUCGCCUUUACGUGACGUACUUCGGUGGAGACGAGAAGUCAGGGCUAGCUCCAGAUAAUGAAUGCAAGGAGCUGUGGUUAUCCCUGGGCCUCCCGGAGUCCCACGUUCUCCCAGGGAGUAUGAAGGACAACUUCUGGGAGAUGGGGGAGACAGGACCCUGUGGUCCCUGCAGUGAGCUCCACUACGAUCGAAUUGGAGGACGAGAGGCUGCCCAUCUCGUUAACAUGGACGACCCUGACGUCCUUGAAAUUUGGAACCUGGUGUUCAUUCAGUUCAAUCGAGAGGCCGAUGCCAGCCUCCGGAGCCUCCCCAAGAAGCACAUCGACUGUGGUCUUGGCCUCGAACGACUUGUAUCAGUUAUUCAGGGCAAGAGAGCGAAUUACGACACUGAUCUCUUCGUGCCUCUCUUCGAGGCCAUCCAGAAAGGCACCGGGGCACGACCUUACUCUGGCAAGGUCGGGGUUGAGGAUGUCGAUGGCAUCGACAUGGCCUACAGAGUACUCGCUGAUCACGCCAGGACCAUCACCAUAGCUCUUGCUGAUGGUGGAAUGCCAGAUAACACAGGUCGUGGUUAUGUUCUGCGAAGGAUCCUGCGACGAGCAGUGCGUUACGCCACGGAGAAGCUAUCGGCGAAACCUGGCUUCUUUGGGACCCUGGUGCACGUGGUAGUGGAGCUCUUGGGCGACGUGUUCCCCGAGCUACAGAAGGACCCGCAAUCUAUCAUCGAUGUUAUAAACGAAGAGGAGACUCAAUUUCUGAAGACGCUGUCUCGAGGUAGAAACCUUCUGGAUAAGACAAUAGCCAAACUCCCGGAUAAAGUGGUGCCAGGUGAGGUCGCUUGGAGGCUGUACGAUACUUAUGGCUUCCCCGUGGAUCUGACCCAGCUGAUGGCCGAGGAGAAGGGCCUGCAGGUGGACAUGACAGCCUAUGAGGAGUCGAAGCGUCUUGCCCAGAUCGCUUCCCAGGGGAAGGCAGGUGGAGUUGACGAUCAAAUAAAUCUCGACGUCCAUGCAAUCACGGAACUCCAGAACUCUGGAGUUUUACCUACAGAUGACUCAGCCAAGUAUGACUAUGAAGCAACUGCUGAUAUGUCAUCCCCUUACACCUUCGCCCCCUGUGUUGGAACAGUUAUAGCUCUCAGGCGGUUGAAGAAAUUUGUGGAUGAGGCUCAUCCUGGCGAGGAGGUAGGCGUUCUUCUCGAUAGAACGUCAUUCUAUGCUGAACAAGGGGGUCAGAUCUACGACGAGGGAUUCCUCGUGAAACUCGAGGGAAACGACCUGGAGGACUCCACCGAAGUGAAAGUCACUAACGUUCAGGUGCGAGGUGGUUACGUCCUUCAUAUAGGAACGGUUGGUUCUGGCAUCCUGAGAAAGGGGGAUAAACUCCAACUGAACAUCGAUACUCCUCGAAGACGCCUGGUGAUGAGCAAUCACUCGGCGACCCACGCCCUCAAUUACGCCCUCAGGAGAGUCCUGGGGACAGAAGCAGACCAGAAGGGUUCUCUGGUGGCUCCCGACAGACUGCGAUUUGAUUUCACGAAUAAGGGAGCUUUAUCGACGAAUCAGGUACACGAUACCGAAACCUACACCAACGAGAUGGUGAAAGAUAACCGGAAAAUUUACGCCAAGGAGAGUAAAUUGGCUGUUGCCAAGACUGUUAAUGGACUUCGUGCGAUGUUCGAAGAGACGUACCCUGACCCUGUGAGGGUUGUGAGUAUGGGAGUGCCAGUGGAGGAUUUGGAAAAGGAUCCCCUGGGGCCUGCUGGCACCACCACGAGUGUAGAAUUCUGUGGAGGGACUCAUCUGCUUUACACUGGCCACAUUGGGGACUUUGUGAUUGCCAGUGAGGAUGCUAUUGCGAAGGGAAUCAGGAGGAUUGUGGCGCUGACUGGCCCUGAGGCCUCCAAGGCCCUGAAGAAGGCUGAACUCCUGCAGAACAGGUUGAAUGAAAUUCAAGGGAGGAUUAGUAGGGGCCCGACGAACUCCAAGGAGAUCGUCAGGGAGAUCGUGGAGCUCAGUGAGGACGUUUCUCAUGCUGUGAUACCCGCCUGGAAGAAGGACGAGAUGAGGCUGAUGCUCAAGGGAAUGAAGAAGACUCUGGAUGACGAGGAUCGUGCUGCCAAGGCCAGAGUGGCUGGCCUCGUCGUGGAUAAAGCUGCGGAGAUAAUUCAGAAUAAUGUCGGGGUUCCUGUGCUCGUUGAGCAGCUCGAAGCCUUCAGCAAUACAAAAGCCCUUGAUGGAGCACUCAAGAAAAUCAAGGCGUUGUCUCCAGAGACCAGUGCUAUGGUCCUCAGUAUCGAUGAAGAGGCUAAAAAGAUUUUCGCCCUCAGUUCGGUCUCCAAGGGAGCUAUUCAGAAAGGCCUCACGGCUAAUGAAUGGAUCCAGGCGAUUUCUCCAAUGAUGGGGGGAAAAGGUGGAGGAAAAGCUGAGUCUGCUCAGGCCUCUGGAAGCAAUGUCGCUGUUCUCGAAGAGGCUAUCAAAGUUGCUAGGAAUUUUGCUAAUUUAAAGCUUGGGGUUUAGGUCGCCUGGGAUUCAAUGCUGUUUAUUCGAUUUUGUACGUUUCAUAUUUUUUGGGUGAGAAAUAGAUUUUCACUUAUUCAA